CCUCGCUCUCGCCGCGCUGGGGCCGGCCACCGCCGAUUGGACGGCGGCGCGCAGGCGCCCUGGGCCCCGGGGGUGAGGGGGUUCAGCAGACAGAGAGUGGCGACGGCAGCGUUUAAACCGGGAGCGAGUUCGUGUCGAGUCGGGGAGGAGGGGGAGGGCUUGAAGAAGCUAAGAAACGGAGCCAGCCCGGCUGUAACGCGGCGGGAUUCCCCUUCCUCCUCCCAACCCGUUUCCCCCCCCACCCCCUCAGCACCCUCACCCCUCCCUCCCCGUCCCCUCGCCAACUAACGGGGAGCCAUGAUGUGAAAGUGAAAGCGGGCGAGAGGAGGCGGAGAACGGACGGAGAGGUUUCUGCACUCAUUCCAGUACGGUUCUUUAACCAUGGGACAGAAAAAUGAGAGGUGCUCCCCUACACUAGAUCCUGUGUGGACAGUAAUGACAUCACGCUUCCGGUUGCCAGCUGGCAGGACUUACAAUGUACGAGCAUCUGAACUGGCUAGGGAUAGACAACACACAGAAGUGGUGUGCAACGUACUUCUUCUGGAUAACACUGUUCAAGCUUUCAAAGUUAAUAAACACGAUCAGGGACAUGUUCUGUUGGAUUUAGUCUUCAGGCAUCUUGAUCUGACGGAACGAGAUUACUUUGGUUUACAACUGGCAGAUGAUACAACGGACAGCCCUCGAUGGCUAGAUCCAAACAAAUCCAUCAGAAAGCAGCUAAAAAGAGGAUCCCCAUACAACCUGAAUUUUAGAGUCAAGUUUUUUGUAACUGAUCUCAAUAAGCUACAAGAAGAAUACACAAGGUACCAAUAUUUCCUGCAACUUAAACAAGAUAUUCUUAGUGGAAGGUUGCCUUGUCCAUACAACAUUGCAGCCCUUCUGGCCUCUUACUCUGUUCAGUCGGAGCUGGGAGACUACAACAAUUCAGAGCACUUGCCAGGUUACCUCGCUGAUUAUUCUUUUAUCGCCAACCAGCCUCAAGACUUUGAAAAGGAGAUAGCAAAAUUGCAUCAGCAGCAUAAAGGACUCUCUCCAGCAGAAUCUGAAUUUAAUUAUUUAAACACAGCCCGUAGCUUAGAACUAUAUGGAGUCGAAUUGCACUAUGCAAGGGAUCAAAGUAACACAGAAAUUAUGAUUGGUGUGCUGUCAAGUGGGAUUGUAAUUUACAAGAGCAGGGUACGAAUUAACUACUUUCCAUGGUUGAAGAUUGUAAAAAUAUCAUUUAAAUGCAAACAGUUCUUCAUUCAGCUUAGAAGAGAAUUGCAUGACUCAAGAGAAACAUUACUAGGGUUUAAUAUGGGGAACUACCGAGCUUGUAAGAAUUUAUGGAAAGCCUGUGUGGAGCAUCAUACGUUCUUCCGACUAGAAAGACCUGUACCUCCACAGAAGAACUUUUUUGCACAUUAUUUUACAUUGGGGUCAAAGUUCCGAUACUGUGGGAGGACAGAAGUUCAGUCCGUGCAAUAUGGAAAAGAGAAAGCAAACAAAGACAGGGUAUUUGCCAGAUCACCCAGUAAACCAUUGACAAGGAAGAUGAUGAGUGGGAUGGACUGGGAAUCUGUAAGCAGGAAUUCACUGUCAGAUGAUCGACUUGAAACGCAAAGUCUACCUUCACGUUCUCCACCUGGAACCCCAAAUCAUCGGAGCUCGACAUUCACUCAGGAAGGAAGUCGUCUGAGACCUUCAUCUGUAGGGCAUUUGGUUGACCACGUAGUACACGUUUCAUCAAGUGAAGUCUUUGCUAACCACAAAUCUCCUUCCUCCACACAAGCAAACAGUAUUAUUCUGGAAUCAUCUCCUUGUCAGGAAACAGCUGGAGAAGGACAGCCUCCUGCAUUGCCACCGAAACAAAAGAAAAAUACAAUUCUGUCUCACCAGGCUAACACUUGCCAGCAGGAACUGGGCUCCCACUACCAUGACUUCUUGGAUGUUCCACUAACAUCAGAAAAGUCUACACCGAAUGGUAUUGUUCCUCAUGACAAUCUAGUUCUCAUAAGAAUGAAAGCAGAUGAGAAUGGGAGAUUUGGCUUCAAUGUUAAGGGAGGCAUCGAUCAGAAAAUGCCGAUCAUUGUAUCACGAGUAGCACCUGGAACACCAGCUGACACUUGUGUUCCACGGCUCAAUGAGGGUGAUCAGGUUGUACUGAUCAAUGGUAGGGAUAUAUCAGAAUACACACAUGACCAGGUUGUCACGUUCAUCAAAGCCAGCUGUGAGAUUCGCUCUGAAGAACUAUUACUACUAGUUCGGCCAAAUGCUGUUUAUGAUGUUGUGGAAGAGAAGGCAGAAAGUGAACCUGAUUUUCAGUAUAUUCCAGAGAAGUCGCCUUUGGAUAUAACCCACCAGGAUGAUGAUGCCUUAAGAGAGUCAAUGAUACAUUUACGGGAUAGUCUGGAGACUGGAAUGAUUCUUGCGCAGUUUGAUCAACUGUAUAGAAAAAAGCCUGGUAUGACGAUGUCAUGUGCCAAGUUACCUCACAAUAUUUCCAAAAACAGAUACAGAGACAUCUCACCUUAUGAUGCAACACGGGUUAUUCUAAAGGGUACAGAUGACUACAUCAAUGCAAAUUAUAUAAAUAUGGAAAUCCCUUCAUCCAGUAUAAUAAACCAGUACAUCGCUUGUCAGGGUCCUUUGCCCAAUACUUGUCCAGAUUUCUGGCAGAUGACUUGGGAACAAGGAUCUUCUCUGGUUGUGAUGCUAACCACUCAAGUAGAAAGAGGCAGAGUCAAGUGUCACCAGUAUUGGCCUGAGCUUUCUAAAAAUGCAUCAUAUGGGAAUUUUGAAAUUGGUUGUCGUUUGGAAGAAGGAAACCCUGCGUAUGUCUUCAGAGAAUUGACUUUAACUAAUUUAGAGAGAAAUGAGAGCCGUCCACUCACACAGAUCCAAUAUAUUGCUUGGCCUGACCAUGGUGUUCCUGAUGAUUCAAGUGAUUUCCUGAAGUUUGUGUUGCUUGUUCGAGAAACGCGAGUUGGCAAAGAUGAACCAGUUGUUGUACACUGCAGUGCUGGUAUAGGUCGGACUGGUGUUCUUAUUACUAUGGAGACAGCAAUGUGUCUAAUUGAGUGCAAUCAGCCAGUGUAUCCACUGGACAUUGUUAGAACAAUGCGAGACCAGAGAGCCAUGAUGAUUCAAACACCAAGCCAAUACAAGUUUGUUUGUGAAGCAAUUAUGAGGGUUUACGAAGAAGGCAUUGUGAAACCAUUGCAGUCAACACUGUAUAAUUAACCUAAGGAUAAGACCUUAUUGUUGAAACUGGUUUGCUGGGAGCGUUUACUGUGUCAUAAUGUGCUUGCACAACAUGCUGCCCUGAUGCGAGUUUGAAGUUUGGAAGAUUGGCAAACUGGAGCAUGGACAUUGAGAACCUAAGCACUGUUGCACUUUAUGUUCAAAAAGAAAUAAUAGUUUCUGUGUGUGUGAUCAUACUGACAACAAUUAACAUGAUCACAGCUGCCCUCAGUUCUGAAAUGCUGUGUCCACUGCUCUGGUUUUGUUCAGGGAGAUUGUCAGCUUUUGGAUUCCUCUGUAGUGCCAAGAGGGAGAACUACCUAAUACGACUCUUCCUUCACCUGCCUAUGAAUAUGUCCUCUUGCUUGCUUGGUUUAAACUGAUGGAACCUACUCAAAUGGCCACUUUUUAAGAUGUACAUUUUCUGUUCAUGAAAUUGACUUGACCAUCUUUACUAGACCCUUUGCAGAGGCGUCCAUGAACCUAGAAGUGUGCACUGGAGUGGAAUUAUCGUUUAUUUUAAUUAACAAUUGUUUUCAUGCUGCCUUGACUAACUUGAAAAUAAAACUCUCAUCCCUAGGUUGUGUUCUGUAAUAUAGAAUAUAAUCAAAACUAAGGUUUAGUGAGCACUUAUUAGUCAAAUUGGCCCAAAUUGUCUCACUUUCAGAUUUUGAUGUGCAGCUCUUUAACCUAUGAUGAACCUAGAGCAGUCACUCAGUACAUAUUCUCCUCUGUUCCCUGAUCAAAAAAUGUUGCUCUUCCUGCACUUGAGUGCCAAUGUUCCUGAAUUAGUAUGGACAUCAAGAAUUUAUUUUAAAUUUUGUCGAAAUAAUUUUGUCAGAUCUCUGGGUUACACUAAACAUUAGAACCUAAAAUGUAAAUAACUAUAUUAGGAAACUUAGCCUUAACCACCCACUUCCUAUCAGAAUAUUAGAAUCCAAGUGCUGGUUACUGGUUAGCUACAUUACCUAUUGGCUAGGACAAUCUACUCCAAAGACUUGAGUUCGUAUCCAGCCCAGGUGGUGAAAUUUUACCUGAUUUUAAGGGACACCAAAUAUAUUCGGUUCUCAUUCUCCAUAGGUCUGAUCCUGCAGUGAACCAUGCCAUGGGGAAAGGUGUGUGCCUGGAAUCUUUCUUUUAAUAAUUUGUUUCUUAGGCACUUCGUGAUGGGUGCACACCUACCCUACCAGUCCUACGUAUAAGCUUGCCUUAUUAUAUGCCAUUUUAAUUUUACUUCUGUUAUCAGCACUAGUCUUGCACCCAAAGAAAUGCACAGGAUUUUUAUAGUAAGACACUAAAUCAAAGUACUGAACAGUACAAAGCACAAUAAAGCUGUAAAUUUAAUAGUAAAUUAAUAACUAACUUAUGAAAUGUUGAUGGAUGUUGCAGUUUUGCUGGUCAGUACUCCAGCAGUCAUUUGCUCCCCCGACUUCACAUUAUCGGUAUCAAUAAACAUAGUUUCACUGCUUGCAUCCUAAUUAUGGCCCUUUUGGAGAGGGUCGGGAAGCUUCAGGUAGAAGCUUGUUGACAAAUAUGCUGCCUGUGAACGAUUAAAAUGAAAUGUUCAAAAUAUGUGGGAGAAUAUGAAAGAUCCACACAUAAUGUUAAUUAUAUGAAUUGGAGCCCCAUGUUAAUAAGUGUUUAUAACUGCAUGUGUACCUGCACAUAAUUAGGAAGACACUUAAUUAAAAUUAUUAAUAGUUUAAAUUAAUUCAGCACAUCACUACUUUUCUCAUUGAUAAAUCUUGCACACAAAUUUAAAACAAACAUUUAUGGCAUAUUGAAAAAGUAAGACACUUAAAUAGGAAAAUGAAUAUAUAUUUUUAACUCUGCAGGAUCCAGAGGAGAUUGGGACCUCCAAAAGCAUACUGUUUAUGAGCAGUAUGAAUUCCAUUGAAAUCAGACUUGCCAGAGAAUAAGAAUGGAUGAGUGACUGUUUAAUUUAUCCCUGUCUAAAUAUCUGCACAUCUGUACUCGUGUGUAUUAAUGUGUUGUACUCUGUGCAGCUGUAAAUAAUGCUGUCAAGUUGAGUGCCAUUCAUACCAUUAGCACAGUGCAAUUCCAUUCACCUCAGCGGAGUUGCAGAAGCAAGUAAGCAAUUGGGAUGGCGAGAACAAAGGUUUAAGCCACGCACAACCAACAAAUGGUAGUAAUGAAACCUCACUUCCUUUUUCAUUUUCUUUGCUCUCCUUGGUUAUGCAUAACUGCAGUGUUAUUUUUGUUAGAUUUACCUGAAAGGAGGCAUGUGAUUUGGUCUUCGUUUUGUGUCAUGCUGUAAAAUGAAUGUGAAUGUAUCUAUCAACCAUGCAGAAUUGCAAGCGGUAGAGAAUGACUUGGAUUUUAAGGAUAAAUAUUUUUCAUACCGUUUGUAUAAAAAAUUAAAAAUUAAAAAGUUUGUAACUUUCCAUUGAAGAAAAUUUUGCAGGUUAAAAAGUGUUUAAAAUGUAAAUAAGAGCAAUACUAUUGAAACUGUCAGUUCAGUGCCAAUUCAUGCUGUACAGGUUGAUUUCUCUUAUUGCUUACUGACUGUAAUUAUGCAGGUUUAAUGUUUCGAUCAUUUUACAGUUUAAACAUUUGGAAGUAAAUUACAAAUUUCCUUUAGUAAUAUUGAGGGCACUUUAUAUUACAAUGUACUACUGACUGAAUUAUCAAAUGAUUUGAUUUCACACGUGGAUGCUAAGCCCUAAUCAUCAUUUGCUUUGUGUAUGGAGCUUAAAAGAAUGCACACUGGUUGAUUUUAUCUUUCAAUUAGGCUAUUAGAUCUAAAAGUUCCUUUUAAGUAAAGAUAUGUACCUGGCUAUGGUGCUACAUAGAUUUAAUAUUUGAUGCUGAAAGAAGAGUAGUCUUGUAAUUUCAGGACUGCACCAAAAAUCCAAAUUCUAGUGUUCUCACAGCUAAAAGAAAUCUGAGUGGUUUGAAAGUUUUGUCAUUUCAGCAUAAUUUGCUGGCGGUAACUUGCAUCAGCCAGUAUUCACCACCAAUUUGACUACUCAAGAUUUCAUCUUGUUCCUUUCUAUUCUCAAUACUGUUAAUUGGACCUGUAGGUCAGGCCACUUGACUGGGCACAAGUUUAAUGUGUAUUUUUAAGGUUUUUUGGACAAUGCAACAUAUUGCAGAACUAUAGUUUGUGUUUUUAGCAGCAGAUCUUUUAAGAGCAUUACAUAUUAGCAAGGCAGCAUCUAUAAAGGUAGGAUUGCUUAUUUUGCUCAAGUUGGGCUCCUUCAAAUAUAGUAAGAAAAUAAUGUGGUGUGGGGGAUCUCUAGGGCAGAGCUGAACUGAAUGAAUAUUUUACCACUGUGGACAAUUUAUUUAGAGUGAAUAUGAUUAAUUUAAGAACGAUUUAUUUGAAGCUCCCAUUAGUGCUUCUAAUUAUGGUUUAAAAAUUAUAGUAAUGACUAAUAUGCUGCCAGCAUUGAAUGCAUACCUUAAUAUUUUAAGUAAAUGUGACAGAUUGCAUAAAGUCUGAGUCAUUCCUACUGCUGUGAUUUGUUACCCCACAAAUUAGACAAAACACUCCAAAGUACCUAAAAGGGAAAAGGAAAAUAAUACUUUUGGUCUACUUUACAUUUCUCCUACAUAAUUUAUUUGAUUCUAAUUAAUCUUACAACUUCCAAAAUGUAAUAUUUAAAGACGCCCAUGAUGACCAAUUGUGAUGAAGAUACAGAUUAGAGAUGUCAUAAUAAAUAUGCAUAAUACUGUCAAUUAUAUGCUUUUCUCUAAAAGUAAAACUGUGCCUGAUCCUGCAAUUUGAACUGUACACAAUUUUAAUUUUAGUAAAAUCUAAUUGCAAUUUUUAUGACAAAUUUGAUUUUAUGCUGCUUUUAAACUGCCUAAAAAUACUGUUGGUACUGUACAAAUUUAAUUAGGAAUGCUUUUCCUAUUUUUUCAUUGGCUUUUUAAGCCUUCACUUGAAUUUUAUUGACACUGGAAAAAUGUGAAAUAGAAGUGAGCUUUUAUAGCUUGUAUGCUGUAAGAAGGCCUUAUUCAUUUCAUUUUUAAAUUUGAAGUAGUUCACGCCUUUUGUUGAUAUCCAACAAGUUACCUACUUGUAGGAUAUCAACUGUAAAAAGGGUUAAUUGAUGCAGUACCAACAUAGUACAAGUGACCAGUCACUUGGUUGGGGGUGGGGGGGGGAGGGGCAAGGACGAAGGGUAAUUAAAAAUUCUAUGUAUGACUUUCUCUUCUAAAUUUUCCAUGCAUAUGUAUUUAAUUUCACUUGACCAGAACUGUCUCAAUUAGGUACAAACUUAAUAGUUUACUUGUGACUCUUAAUUGCUCUGUUACAAUAAAAUGUGCUUACGUAAUUUAAAAUGUAGCACUUGUGAGUUUGUUUUUGGAGUGGCAGCUGUACUUACAUUUAACUAAAAUUUUGUAAAUUUUUGUUUAUUAAAAUUUCAGUUUUAGCUGGUACUUCAUUAGAUUCAAAUAUUUUUCUGUACAUUUGAAUCAGGUUUGAUUUGAUUCUGUACAUAAUCCAGUUACAGCAUGUACAGUUAAUCUUGCAUUUUCUUUAUAACAGUAAAAACCUGGUUUUA